AGCAGAAUUAAGCAGGGACUGUGACUCAACUCAGUAUCGAACUGUACAGAAAACAUCCCCAAAGACAGAUCGCAUACAACUAUUGAAAAUGUCUGUCAAUAUCCGUCUAGCUGACGCAUCCGAUCAACCCCCAAUCGAAGAAAUUGUCAAACAAGCCUACACCCCAUACAUCGCUCGCAUUGGCCAGCCACCAGGCCCGAUGCUUGAUGACUACGCAACCCUAAUCAACAACCAACAUAUCCACAUCGCCGAACAGGAUAGCAUCAUUAAAGGUUUUCUCGUGCUUAUCCCACAGCAAGAUUCUAUGCUUCUAGACAACAUCGCCGUAUCCCCCUCGGCGCAAGGUAUGGGGAUAGGCCGCAUAUUGCUCGAUUUUGCGGAGCAGGCGGCCAGGGAUGCGGGGUAUGUGGUUAUCAAACUUUAUACGCACGAGACUAUGACAGAGAAUAUUGCUAUUUAUUCGAAGUUAGGAUAUCUAGAGACGCGUCGCGUGCUAGAAAGGGGACUGAAGAGGGUUUACAUGGCUAAGUCGUUGUAAUGUCUAAUAUUCUCUUGAUAGUCAUGUAUACCUUUAUCUAAUCCCUGGUUUAUGGCUUCUACUCAGUGACAUGAAGUGUAUAUUCUAUAUUCUCUUCCAUAUAUCUUUAAUUCCA